GCCUGGGCCGGGACCAUGGUGCUGGGCGAGCUCGCAGCGUCGCCGGCCGCCUGCGGGGGCUGCGCGGGGUCCGGGUGCUGAAGGUGUGCCAGCGGGCGCGCUGGUGUCCGGGCGUGCGCGCCCGAGCGGGCCGGAGCCGCCCCAUUGUGCGGGGGUCCGAGGCGGCCACCGACAUGUGGGUGAACCCCGAAGAGGUGCUGCUGGCCAAUGCGCUGUGGGUGACCGAGCGGGCCAACCCCUACUUCAUCCUGCAGCGGAGGAAGGGACAUGCGGGCGACGGCGGCGGUGGCGGCGGGCUGGCGGGGCUUCUGGUGGGGACACUCGAUGUGAUGCUGGAUUCUAGUGCCCGUGCUGCCCCAUACCGGAUCCUCUACCAAACUCCAGACUCCCUGGUCUACUGGACCAUUGCCUGCGGGGGAUCCCGGAAGGAGAUCACAGAGCAUUGGGAGUGGCUGGAGCAGAACCUGCUGCAGACUCUCUCCAUCUUCGAGAAUGAGAAUGACAUCACCACCUUUGUGAGGGGCAAGAUCCAGGGCAUCAUCGCUGAGUAUAACAAAAUCAACGAUGUGAACGAAGAUGAUGACACAGAGAAGUUCAAGGAGGCAACCAUCAAGUUCCACCGGCUCUUUGGGAUGCCCGAGGAGGAGAAGCUAGUCAACUACUACUCCUGCAGCUACUGGAAGGGACGGGUACCGCGGCAGGGCUGGAUGUACCUCAGCAUAAACCACCUCUGCUUCUAUUCCUUCCUCAUGGGCAGGGAAGCCAAGCUGGUGGUGCGCUGGGCAGACAUCACACAGUUGGAGAAGAGCGCGGCACUGCUGCUGCCCGAUGGUGUCCGCGUGAGCACACGCUGCAGCCAGCACUUCUUCUCCGUCUUCCUCAACGUCAGCGAGGCCUUCCAGCUGAUGGAGCAGCUGGCCACCAUCGCCAUGCGCCAGCUGCUGGACAACCAGGGCUUCGAGCAGGACCGCUCCCUGCCCAAGCUGAAGCGCAAGUCGCCCAAGAAGGUGUCGGCACUAAAACGCGACCUGGAUGCCCGGGCCAAGAGUGAGAGGUACCGCGCACUAUUCCGGCUGCCCAAGGAUGAGAAGCUAGACGGACACACAGACUGCACCCUCUGGACACCCUUCAACAAGAGGCACAUCCUGGGCCAGAUGUUCGUAUCCACCAACUACAUCUGCUUCGCCAGCAAGGAGGAGCAGCUGUGUAGCCUCAUCAUCCCGCUGCGCGAGGUGACGAUUGUGGAGAAGGCAGAUAGCUCCAGUGUCCUGCCGAGUCCCUUGUCUAUCAGCACCCGGAACCGGAUGACCUUCCUGUUCGCCAACCUCAAGGACCGAGACUUCCUGGUGCAGCGCAUCUCAGACUUCCUGCAGCUUACCACGUCUAGAAUCUACUCGGACAGGGAGCUGGCCGGGAGCUGCCAUAGCUCCGAUGAUGAGCCCAGUAGUCUCCUGUCCUCCAGCCCACAGAGGAGCUCAAGCUCUGAGGCUGAUGGUGAGCGCCAGUUCAACCUCAAUGGCAACAACAUCCCCACAGCCACACAGACGCUAAUGACCAUGUACCGUCGACGCUCACCCGAGGAAUUCAACCCCAAACUGGCCAAGGAGUUCUUGAAGGAGCAGGCAUGGAAGAUCCACUUCGCCGAGUAUGGCCAUGGCAUCUGCAUGUACCGCACAGAGAAAACUCGCGAACUGGUGCUACGGGGUGUCCCUGAGAGUAUGCGGGGAGACUUGUGGCUGCUGCUCUCAGGUGCCAUCAAUGAAAAGGCCACACAUCCGGGCUACUAUGAGGACCUGGUGGAGCGGUCCAUGGGCAGGUACAACCUGGCCACGGAAGAGAUUGAGAGGGACCUGCACCGUUCACUCCCUGAGCACCCCGCUUUCCAGAACGACAUGGGCAUUGCUGCGCUGCGCAGGGUCCUGACAGCCUACGCCUUCCGCAACCCCAGCAUAGGCUACUGCCAGGCCAUGAACAUCGUCACAUCGGUGCUACUGCUCUACGCCAAGGAGGAGGAGGCCUUCUGGCUACUGGUGGCGCUGUGCGAGAGAAUGCUACCCGACUACUACAACACCAGGGUGGUCGGAGCACUGGUGGACCAGGGUGUGUUUGAGGCGCUGGCCCGGGACCAUGUUCCACAGCUGUACGACUGCAUGCAGGACCUGGGAGUCAUCUCCACCAUCUCGCUGUCCUGGUUCCUCACACUCUUCCUCAGCGUCAUGCCCUUCGAGAGCGCUGUGGUGGUGGUCGACUGCUUCUUCUACGAGGGCAUCAAGGUCAUCUUCCAGCUGGCCCUGGCUGUGCUGGAUGCGAAUGUGGACAAGCUGCUGCACUGCAAGGAUGAUGGGGAGGCCAUGACCGUCCUGGGCAGGUACUUGGACAGUGUGACCAACAAGGACAGCACACUUCCCCCCAUCCCACACCUGCAUUCCCUGCUCAGUGACGACCUGGAGCCUUACCCUGAGGUGGACAUCUUCCGGCUGGUCAGGACAUCCUACGAGAAAUUUGGAACCAUCCGGGCUGACCUGAUUGAGCAGAUGAGAUUCAAGCAGAGGCUGAAGGUGAUCCAGACGCUAGAGGAUACCACGAAGCGCAACGUGGUGCGGACCAUUGUGACUGAGACGGCCUUCAGCAUCGACGAGCUGGAGGAGCUCUACGCGCUCUUCAAGGCUGAACACCUGACCAGCUGCUACUGGGGUGGUGGCGGUGCUGCCUUGGAGCGCCAUGACCCAAGCCUGCCCUACCUGGAGCAGUACCGCAUCGAUGCCGAGCAGUUCAAGGCCAUGUUCGCAUUGCUCUUCCCCUGGGCCUGUGGCGCCCACUCAGAUGUGCUGGCCGCCAGACUCUUCCAGCUGCUGGAUGAGAACGGGGACUCACUCAUCAACUUCAGGGAGUUCGUGGCAGGGCUGAGUGCCGCCUGCCAUGGGGACCUCACGGAGAAGCUCAGACUCCUUUACAAAAUGCACGUCCUGCCCGAGCCCUCCUCAGACCCUGAUGAACCCGAUUCUGCCUUUGAAGCCACGCAGUACUUCUUCGAGGACAUCACCCCUGAGUGCACGCACGUGGUCGGCCUGGAGAGCAGGAGCAAACACAGUGCGGAUGAUGGCUUCGUGACAGUCAGUCUGAAGCCCGAUCGAGGGAAAAGAGGCAAUUCUCAAGAAAACCGGAAUUACUUGCGACUUUGGACACCAGAAAAUAAAUCAAAAUCCAAGAAUGCAAAGGAUUUACCCAAGCUAAAUCAAGGCCAGUUCAUCGAGCUCUGCAAGACCAUGUACAAUCUGUUCAGCGAGGACCCCAACGAGCAAGAGCUGUACCACGCCACGGCUGCAGUGACCAGCCUGCUGCUGGAGAUAGGCGAGGUGGGCAAACUCUUCUCGGGCCAACCGGCUCAGGGGGGUGUCCCUGGGGGCCCCCAGGGCCUUCCGGGGACCAUGCUGUUCCCCAAGAAGGCGACAGAGCCGGGCCCGGCGGGGGAGGCCGAGGAGCACUCGCUGGGGGCGCAGAUGGAGGACAUCAAGCUGGAGGACUCCUCGCCCCGGGACAACGGCGCCGGCUCGUCCAUGCUCAUCUCGGACGACGACACCAAGGAUGACAGCUCCAUGUCGUCCUACUCGGUGCUGAGCGCCGGCUCGCACGAGGAGGACAAGCUGCAGUGCGAGGACAUCGGGGAGGACACGGUGCUGGUCCGCAGCGCACAAGGCCCGGUCACGCUGCCCCGCAGCACCAGCCUGGACCGCGACUGGGCCAUCACCUUCGAGCAGUUCCUGGCCUCUCUGCUCACUGAGCCUGCCCUGGUGCGCUACUUCGACAAGCCCGUGUGCAUGAUGGCGCGGGUGAGCAGCGCCAAGGGCAGCCGCCUGCUGGGCAAGGCGCCCAGCUCGGCCAGUGACUUCGACCUAGCCGCACUGUCGGGCUGAGCCCACCCGGCCCCAUACCCGGCUCCUCGGGUCGGGCUCUGCCUUUUGCAUUCAGGUCCCGAUUGGUGUGCUGUCCAAUCAGGAUCCACUCCACAUUGGUACUGGCCAAUCAGGGUCCGUUCCCGAUUGGUGCUGACCAAUCAGGGUUCUCUACUGAUUGGUACUGGCCAAUCGGGAUCUGCUCCCGAUUGGUGCUGACCAAUCUAGAGUCUCUUCUUUUUAGUAUUAGUCAAUCAGGAUCUGCUCCCGAUUGGUACUGACCAGUCAGGGUCCAGUCUUGGUUGUUGCUGACCAAUCAGGCUCUGCUCCUGAUUGGUGCUGACUAAUUGGGAUUCGCUCCAGAUUGGUAAUGGCCAUUACCAUUACAAUCAGGGUCCUCUCCCGAUUAGUGCUGACCAAUCAGGGUCCGUUCCUGAUUGGUACUGGCCAAUCAGGGUCUUCUCCCGAUUGGUACUGACCAAUCAGGAUUCAGCCUGAGCCCAGUGUUCUAACCUGGUUCAGUGACACCACUCAACCCCCUCUCAGGAGGUUCCCCCGGGUGGGGAAGGAGGACCCGGACCCAGUUUGUGACCCUAAAUUUUAAGGGGACUUUUGUGCUGUUCAAUGCAAAGGCCAGGCCACAGCCAUGGAGCCCUGGGGCUUACUCUUGGGUUCAAGUAGUGGCCAAUGGGAUUGAUGCCUCGAAGCCAAAAUGUUCUGGAAUGGAGUGGGCAGCAGGGGUUAAAGCCAGUGGCACUUUUCAGGAACCUUAAACAUAUUUUUUAACAUUGGAAAUAACAUUUCCUAAAAGUCCUGUGUUGGAAGAUGGUGUUCAAAAGCCACUCAUUUCCACGGGGCAAGAGUCACAGGUUCGCAAAAGUUGGGGGACAUUGGAGUAGUCUUGCACAGAUGCCCAAAUGGAAAGUUCUGUUGGGCCCAUGGACAUCCCCACACCAGACCUGUGUGGCGUUUUCAAAGCAAACACUGAACAAAGUGAAAAGCAGCUUCUAUUCACAGAGGAUCCAUCUGACAAUGGAGGCCCGAUUCAGGACAGAAGACUCUGGAUUUGUGUUUUAAAAACAGCGAAAGUUCCGAUGCUUCUGGGACUUGCAGCAAAUAAAGUAAAAGGAAAAAGCAGCGAGCUGCACCAUUUCCACACUCUCCAUAGGUCACAGACAACCAUGUACCCCACUGACCAUUUCUCCAGUUAAAUUCAUGUACAAUAGAGGUCAUGUAAAAAAAAAAUUCCUUCCAGGUAACAUAACUGGCUGUUUUUCCGGCAGAACUUGUCACUUUAAAUGGGGGUUAGUGUGCACUCUCUUUCCCAGUGGAGGUGAAAAUGAACUCUACCGCACCUGCACUUUCAAUUCUAGCUUCUUUAUUAUUUUUUUUUAAUUUCCACCACGUUUUUGUCUUUUUUCAAAUGUUGGAGUUUUGCUCCCUUCCUCUGUUGAAUUCAUGCCCAUCAUGAUCACGUGUUCUUUGCUCAUUCAGGAUCCUCUUUUCAACAUGUUUCUUUGUUUCAUACCCGCACAUCCCUGUGUUAAGCUGUUGCUGCUGCUUUGUUUGUUUUUUUAAUUUUGUUUACAGAAUGAUUUUUAACUGUCCAAUGAAGUAGUGUUAACCUCAGAUAGGAUAAAUGUGAACAAAUAAAAUACAUCAGCUACUCCAAA